CAUGUGUCAUUGAAUGGAAAAUACGUAAACGGGGAAAUCCUUCGCGUUUUUAAUUGAUAAUUCAGCUGUGAAUUCAAGUAAUUAGUGAUUAAAAGUGCUAAAAAUUAUAAAUCAUGGCUUCUAUUCCCCUAAUGUAUGCUCAGGAGGACUGUGAACUUGGUGGGAAAGAAAACAUUGAGGAUGACUUCGCUUACCGGAAUAACGUGAUGAACGCGGACAAGGAGAUCCGGCUGGGCUUCGUGCGGAAGGUGUACGGGCUGCUCACGGUGCAGUUACUGGCGACCACCGCCAUCGCCAGCGUGUUCCUGCUCGUCAAACCGGUGCAGGGGUUUAUACAUGAGAACAAUUGGAUGGUGUUCGUCGCGUUUAUCCUGAGCAUGAUUACGCUGUUCGCCCUGAUCGCCAAGCGCCGAGACUCCCCCGCUAACCUUUACUUGCUGGCUGGCUUUACCAUAGUCCAGGCAUACUCCAUCGGCGUGGUGGUGUCUUACUGCGACACAGCGGUGGUGCUGCAAGCACUUGCUAUCACCCUGACUGUUGUCUUCGCUCUCACGUUGUACACGCUCAACACCAAACGUGACUUCUCCUUCAUUGGAUAUGGACUCGUCGCCGGCCUCUGCGUACUAAUCGUGGGCGGUAUCCUGCAGAUAUUCAUCCAAAGCUCCCUCUUCGAGAUCGCUCUGUCCUUAACUGGAGCAGUCCUGUUCAGUCUUUUCCUGAUCUUCGACACACAGCAGAUGAUGACCCAACUCUCCCCAGAAGAAUACAUCUUAGCCACCAUCAACUUGUACAUGGAUAUCUUGAAUCUGUUCCUGUAUAUUCUGCGUAUACUGAACGAAUUAAAUAGGAAUUAAAUGGGUGUGAGAUAUGCCCUUGUUGUGGCAGUCGCAAGUUAAAAACCAGUCGACAUUUUUCUUUUUAGGACCCCGUCUGGGAGUAUCGUAUCACCAUUCCAUUUUGUUUUUAAAUUGACUAUUAAGAGGCAUGGCCAGUUAAUAAUUUUCAUUGGGUAAGGACCUUAAUACAAGGUUGUAAGAUUCAAAUUUUAGUGGGACCUUUUUUGCAUCUACCAACUAGUACGAGAUAAUAAAUAAAUAUCCUUGGACAUUUUUACACUACGCUUCUAGUCCCAAACUAAGCAAAGCUUGUACUAUGGGUACUAGACAACGGAUAUAAACAUACUUAGAUACUUUUUUUUUUGUUGUAAAUACAUACAUAUUAUACAAUAUCUAGUGACUGCCACAAAUCACAAAAUGGGCAAUGUUUGCAUUCGGCACGCCUUAGUGAAUGUUCUGUCCUAUAUGUUUAAUAGAUCACACUAUGAGUGUUAUAGUAUUAUGUAUGCCGCUCCCACAAAAUAUAAGUACUGACGAUUAGAUUAAUUUUGAAUCGACUUUGUAAAUAACUUUAAUUUCAAUGAAGUAAGGUACAAAAUUGCACAAUCUCGUGUAUAAACUGCAGUUCCAUCUUGCAGUUUUAGAGUCCGUUUGUACCUGCAUGUUAUAAACAAUAUGUGUAUAAAUUCACACCUGAAGAGGUAUAAAAUACAAGUAAAAUUACAUAUAUCUAUAAAAUCUAGUGAAGAAUUUAUUUAAAAUUUCAUAUUAACACGAUUCGUGUUCCAUGCAGAUUCAGCAUGAUCUCGACAUAAGUAGAAGCCCUAAUUUUUUCCCUAAAACAACAAAAUGUAUGCAAAAUGCAUUUAAAAUUGUUAAUAUUAUGUAUUGUAAUUUUAUGUGACUGGGACGGCUGUGAAAUGUUUAUUUUUGUUGAAUUUUAUGACGGUCCUUACAAAUAUAUUGUGUUAACCCGUUGCCUAUUUCGCUUGGUCGAAGGAAAUUCCUUUUUACCCCCCUUUUGUUUUGCGACACCAUAUUCACUUGUUUUGCUGAUGUUCAUUUGUUUAUCACAAGAGACUACAGCAAAACAAUUGUAACUCGUUGUAACCCACUCAAAGGGGAUUUAGGACUGUCAAAUGGUUAAUAUCUUUAAAUAAUAAAAUUGCAGCUUUUUAGUAUACCAAGUAAGAUAGACAACGAGUUAACGCUCCAAGUAUUCAUGAGUAUUAUUUUGUUUAAUAUACAUGUUUCAAAACAUACUUUCGUAAAUAAUAAGCGUGGUAAUUAAAUGUGUCACACGUCUUGAAUAGAAUAGUGUAUUUCUCAUAAAUAUUAGCACAAAAAUAAAUGUGUACUGUAACCACGUGUUGUUGGAUAAUAUAAAUAAAAUCUUUAUUUUAUUUGAA